AAGAUCAAGAGAGAAACAACUAACAAACUCCAUCAAUGGAUAUUAUGAACUACUACAACAUUUCAAUAUUGAUAUUUGGGAUUAUCCUUUUUGGAGGUAUCAUCAUCAUCAUCAAGCUUUUAGGAAGGCUAUGGUGGAGUCCUAUGAAGAUCCAACAGUUGAUGAGAUCGCAAGGGAUCCAAGGGCCAUCAUACAAUCUCAUACAAGGCAACACCAAAGAGAUGUACUCAAAAAGAAUCAAGGCUAUGGCUAAACCAAUGCAACUCUCUCACCAUAUACUUCCUAGGGUUCUUCCUCAUAUUCACUCUUGGCUCAACCAAUAUGGAAGGAACUAUGUUCAAUGGUUUGGAGCAGAUGCUCAUUUAGUCAUAACAGAGCCAGAGCUGAUCAAGGAAGUGCUUAACAACCAACACAAAGACUUCCCAAAGGCAAAACUCCAAGGCCACAUUCAUAAAAUUUUCGGAAAUGGACUUGCCACAGCAGAGGGUCAAAGAUGGGUCAACUCUAGAAAACUUGCUCAUUUUGCUUUCCAUGGAGAUAGCCUCAAAAGCAUGAUCCCAUCAAUGGUUCAGUGUGCUGAGACAAUGGUUGAAGAAUGGGAACAGCAUGAAGAAAAAGAGAUUGAUGUGUUCGAACAUUUCAAGGUUUAUACUUUGGAUGUCAUUUCACAUACUGCUUUUGGAAGUAGUUAUGAACAAGGAAGAAAUAUAUUCCAAAUGUUGCAGAGGCUUUGUGAGUUAUACAUUACAAAUAGAUAUAAAGUUAGACUUCCUGUGAUCAGUAAGAUAUUGAAAUCAGAAGAUGAUAUUGAAGGGGAGAGUCUUGAAAAGAAGAUGAAAGAUUGCUUUGUGGAAAUCAUAAAAGCAAGAGAAGAUCAGAAGAUGAAUAAUGAUUAUGGGAAUGACUUUUUAGGAUUGUUAGUGAAGGCCAAAAAUGAUCCUCAAAAAUCACAAAGGAUUAGUUUGGAAGAUGUUGUUGAUGAAUGCAAGACACUCUACUUUGCUGGACAUGAGACCACCAGUCUUUUGUUGGCUUGGACUAUGUUUCUUUUGGCUUUGCAUAAAGAAUGGCAAGAAAAAGCUAGAAACGAAGUGUUCGACCUAUUUGGACACAGCAACCCGACUUUUGAAGCCCUUCCAAAACUAAAAACGAUGAGUAUGAUCAUCCAUGAAAGUCUGAGGCUAUACCCUCCGGUGAUGACAUUAGUAAGAAAAGUGGAGAAGGAGACAAGAUUGGGGAGGCUAGUUCUUCCGAGUGGAGUGCACGUAGUGAUACCGACGGCAGCAAUUCAUCACGACGAAGAGUUAUGGGGGAGAAGCGCAGAUGAUUUCAAGCCAGAAAGAUUCUCGGAAGGGAUAGCAAAGGCAACCGAAAGAAACCCAGUUGGCGGUACGUAUCUCCCCUUCGGAUUAGGGUCUCGAAGCUGCGUGGGGAUGAACUUUGCAUUGAACGAAGCCAAAAUAGCAAUCUCCAUGAUUCUUCAACGAUUCUCCUUCACCCUUUCCCCUGCCUACGCUCAUUCCCCUGCUAUGUUUCUUACCAUUGCUCCUCAGCAUGGACUUCAGCUCAUUCUUCACCCACUUUCCACACAUCGACAAAGCACUUUCAUGAUGUGAAUUCUCAAUCCAAUAUUAUCUACAACUUUCAUUACUCAUUAUGGUCAACGCCCGACAAGGGAGCAUUUGAAACAUUUAGUUGUUAUCCAGUCUUGUGUUGUUCAACAUAGAGUUUUGAAAUUUGUAAUCCUAAUAUAAAUUAGAC